GUAGGGCUGGAUUAGAGAUUAGCAAGGAAUUGUUCCCUGGCAGGGUGGGCAGGCCCUGGCACAGGGUGCCCAGAGCAGCUGUCACAGCCCCUGGAUCCCUGGAAGUGUCCAAAGGCUAGGCUGGAUGGGGCUGGGAGCAACCUGGGAUAGUGGAAGGUGGCCCUGCCAUGGCAGGGGGUGCCACUGGAUGGUUUUAAGGUCCCUUCCAAGCCAAACCACUCCAGGAUUCCAUGACUACAGAGCAGAGAUGCUCUGUUAAACCUGCAGGGGUGCGUGGCUGAGGUGGAGCUGGGAGCUCAGAGCCACAGCUGCUGCUGUGGGACACACUGAGCAGGAACCCCGAACACCAGGCAAACACGUCUUGCCAAACUUAGAUUUUACCCAAAUUUAUUUCUGGUCUUUUUUUUUUUUUUUUUUUUUUCUUUUACAAAAUAUACACUGAGCCAGUUAAAGCAAGACGUGGCUAAAGAGAACCUCAACCACCUCUUCUGUGUUUUCUUCCCUCUUUCCAAAACUGAAGUGCAAACAGCAGAGGAUCCCUGAUCCCAUAGAACACAGCAGGCUGCAAUGAGCCUGCCCCCCACACUUCUGCAGUGUCCUUACCUCAGUUCCUCGAGCGAGGUUUUCAUCCUUUAGAAAAGCACGAGCUUGGCUUAGAAAAACUUUGUCCCAGGGAGAGAUUAACCAAUGUUCACGUGAGUAUCUCAGUGUGUUUUGUUCUGCUGUUUCCCCUUUUAGGUGACAGCGAGAUUGUAAAUAAUAUGUACGAGACCGACCCCGAUCUCCUUGCUGGAGAAAGCGCAGAGGAGGAAACUGAGGACAGUAUAAUGUCCCCCAUCCCUGUGGGACCUCCGUCACCCUUCCCCACCAGUGAGGACUUCACUCCCAAGGAGGGCUCACCCUAUGAAGCUCCCGUCUACAUUCCUGAUGACAUUCCAAUCCCACCAGAUUUUGAACUCAGAGAAUCUUCGAUCCCAGGGGCAGGGCUAGGGAUUUGGGCCAAAAAGAAGAUUGAAGUUGGGGAAAGAUUUGGACCCUAUUUGGCAGUGCAGAGGAGCACAUUAAAGGAAACAAACUUUGGAUGGGAGCAAAUACUGACUGAUCCCGAGGUGACCUCCCAGGAGGGCAAUAUAAAAAAGAUUCCCGAUGCCCUGGGCAGUGAGAAGUUCUGCAGUGAUGCUGGCCAGGGUGGGGCUGGGAACUGGCUGAAGUACAUCCGAGUGUCCUGCUCCUGCGACGAGCAGAACCUGGCUGUGUGCCACAUCAACGAGCAGGUCUAUUAUAAAGUUAUUAAAGAGAUUGAACCAGGAGAAGAGCUCCUGGUGUGUCUGAAGGAAGGAGGUUAUUCCCUCGGGAACAUGGCACCCAGCAUGGAAGAGGAGCCCUCGUUCCGCUGCGAGGACUGCGAUGAGCUGUUCCAGUCCAAGCUGGAGCUGCGGCGCCACAAGAAGUACGGCUGCAGCGCCGUGGGGGCCCUGUACGAGAGCCUCGGAGACGACAUCAAGCAGGAGGGCCUGGGAGAUGGACAGGUCUACGAGUGCAAGGACUGUGAGAGGAUGUUCCCCAAUAAAUACAGCCUGGAGCAGCACAUGGUGAUCCACACGGAGGAGAGGGAGUACAAGUGUGACCAGUGUCCCAAGGCUUUCAACUGGAAAUCCAACCUGAUUCGUCACCAAAUGUCUCACGACAGUGGGAAACGGUUUGAAUGUGAAAACUGUGUUAAGGUGUUUACGGACCCCAGCAACCUGCAGCGGCACAUCCGCUCCCAGCACGUGGGGGCACGGGCCCACGCCUGCCCCGACUGUGGCAAGACCUUCGCCACCUCCUCGGGCCUCAAGCAGCACAAGCACAUCCACAGCACUGUCAAACCUUUCAUAUGUGAGGUCUGUCACAAAUCCUACACGCAGUUCUCCAACCUGUGCCGCCACAAGCGGAUGCACGCGGACUGCCGCACCCAGAUCAAGUGCAAGGACUGCGGGCAGAUGUUCAGCACUACCUCCUCCCUCAACAAACACCGACGCUUCUGCGAGGGCAAGAACCAUUACAGCCCCGCCGGCAUCUUCGCCCCCGGCCUCCCCCUCACGCCCACCUCCAUGAUGGACAAAUCCAAACCCUCUCCCAACCUCAACCACGCCAGCCUGGGCUUUAACGAGUAUUUCCCAUCCCGCCCGCACCCCGGCGGGCUCCCCUUCUCGCCGGCCCCCCCAGCCUUUCCCGCCCUCAGCCCGGGAUUCCCGGGGAUUUUUCCGCCUUCUCUGUACCCCAGGCCCCCCUUGUUACCGCCCACGCAACUGCUCAAAAGUCCCCUCAACCACACUCCGGACGCGAAGCUCCCCAGCCCCCUCGGGAACCCGGCACUGCCGCUGAUCUCCGCGGUGAGCAACAGCAACCAGCAGCCUUCAGGAGAGGAGAAAUGUGAAAGCAGCCUGGAAAACUCCUACCUGGAGAAGCUAAAAGCCAGGAACAGUGACAUGUCUGAUGGCAGUGACUUUGAGGAUGUCAAUACAACCACAGGCACAGAUCUGGACACCACGACUGGCACCGGCUCUGACCUGGACAGCGACGCGGAGAGUGACAGGGACAAAACGAAAGACAAGAGCAAACAAAUGGAGACCAAGCCGGAUUUCGUCAGCAGCUCGGUGUCUGCGAGUUCCACCAACACCCCGAGCGAGAUCCCUCUAUUCUAUUCUCAGCAUUCCUUCUUUCCUCCCCCCGAGGAGCACCUGCUGCCCACCACGGGGGCAGCCAAUGACUCUAUUAAAGCUAUCGCCUCCAUUGCAGAGAAGUAUUUUGGGCCUGGCUUUAUGGGGAUGCAGGAGAAAAAGAUGGGUUCGCUCCCGUAUCAUUCCAUGUUCCCUUUCCAGUUCCUCCCCAAUUUCCCCCACUCCCUCUACCCUUUCACGGAGCGGACCCUCAAUCACAACUUGCUGGUCAAGGCAGAACCAAAGUCACCCAGGGACCUCCACAAAGUCGGCGGCACCAGCUCGGAGUCCCCCUUCGAUCUCACCACGAAGCCAAAAGAGAUUAAGCCAAUCCUGCCGCCCCCCAAGGUCCUCCCAGCCCCGUCCUCAGGGGAGGAGCAGCCACUGGAUCUGAGCAUUGGCAACCGCAUCCGAGCCAGCCAGAACGGAGGGAGAGAGCCACGGAAAAACCACAUUUAUGGGGAGAGGAAGCUGAUGGCAAGUGAGGUCUUACCUAAGAUUUCCCAGUCCCAGCUGCCUCAGCAGCCUUCCCUGCACUACGCUAAGCCAUCGCCCUUUUUCAUGGACCCCAUCUACAGCAGGGUGGAGAAGCGGAAGGUGACAGACCCCGUGGGUGCCCUCAAGGAGAAGUACCUGCGACCCUCCCCGCUGCUUUUUCACCCCCAGAUGUCGGCCAUCGAGACGAUGACAGAGAAACUGGAGAGCUUUGCAGCCAUGAAGGCCGACUCUGGCUCAUCCCUGCAGCCCCUUCCCCACCACCCCUUCAACUUCCGAUCGCCGCCGCCCACGCUCUCCGACCCCAUCCUGCGCAAGGGCAAGGAGCGCUACACCUGCAGGUACUGUGGCAAGAUCUUCCCACGCUCAGCCAACCUGACGAGGCAUCUGCGGACGCACACUGGGGAGCAGCCUUACAGGUGUAAAUACUGUGACAGGUCAUUCAGCAUUUCCUCCAACCUGCAGCGGCACGUGCGGAACAUCCACAACAAGGAGAAGCCAUUCAAGUGUCACCUGUGCAACAGGUGCUUUGGGCAGCAGACCAACCUCGACAGGCACCUGAAGAAGCACGAGCACGAGAACGUUCCAGUGAGCCAGCACUCCGGAGUCAUCACCAACCACCUCGGGACCAGCGCCUCCUCCCCCAACUCGGAAUCAGACAACCAUGCACUUUUAGAUGAAAAAGAGGAUUCCUACUUCUCGGAAAUCAGAAAUUUUAUUGCAAAUAGCGAGAUGAACCAAGCGUCGGCUUUAGCAGAUAAAAGGCCAGAAAUCCAGGAUAUUGAUGGCAAUUCCCAGUGCCACGGAUUGGCAAACGAGAAGACAGAAGAUGUGGACGAUGAGGACGAAGAACUGGAAGAGGAAGAUGAUGACAGCCUGACUGGGAAGUCCCAGGACGAGACGGCGUCGCCCACGGCAGAGCCCCGGGGAGCAUUCGAGGAUGAGGAGGAUGAGGAGCCCACGUCUCUCACCAUGAGCUUUGACCACACCCGGAGGUGUAUUGAGGAGGACGAAGCCGGCCUGUUAGAUUUGGAGCAGAUGCCGAAUUUUGGGAAGGGGCUGGAUCUCCGCAAAGCAGCCGAGGAAGCAUUUGAAGUUAAAGAUGUGUUUAAUUCCACCUUAGACUCUGAGGCAAUAAAACAGACUCUGUACAGGCAGGCUAAAAACCAGGCUUAUGCAAUGAUGCUGUCCCUGUCUGAGAACGCUCCCCUCCACACGUCCUCCCAGAACUCUCUGGGGGCUUGGCUGGACAUGGCAGGAGCAGCUUCAGAGUCGGGGACCUUUAACCCCAUCAACCACCUCUGA